CUCUACAGAUCACAGCCACACAUGUGAAUCCGGAUUGCAACAAGGAAUUUGUUCCUUUUCUCUCAUACUCAGGCUCGCUACGGGCCUUGAACAUUCCAAUCCGUCCGUUGUCCAACGGACUUUCCAUACCGCCUAUUGGGAUUAAAUCCCAGGCAGAUUGAGGGGCAAAAGCAGGUCUCUUUGUGCCGGUAUUGAUCUUCAAGACCAAUUCGAUCACCCUUUCUUGAUAGUUUUUCAAUUGUCACACCGGUUGGGGCAAGAUAUCUCGGCCCUGCAAUUCUACGUCAUUGGCUUGAUUAUCGCAUCGCUCUGCCGAGAAAGACUAUCAUGGACUAUUCCGGUCCCUACGCCAAAGAGCUCGAGCUCGCAUGCUUAACUGUCCAACGGGCAACGCUCUUAACGAAAAAGCUCCUCGAGGCAGUCGACAAGGGAACACUGGACAAAAGCGAUGAUAGUCCCGUGACGAUUGCCGACUUCGCCGCUCAAGCAUUGAUCAUAGGCGCAAUUCACAAUGCUUUCCCUGACGAUGAAUUCGUGGGCGAGGAAGACUCGACAGCUCUGAGACAGGAUGAGACUCUUCUCGAGCGCACCUGGGAACUUGCUUCGACAUCCCGUCUCGACGAUGAGGCCAGUGAGAGCUUGCUCUAUGCUCCGCGAUCCAGGGAGGAAAUGUUAGAGGUUAUUGACCGGGGUGCUAAGGGGCAGUGUACCCCUCGCAGCCGUGCGUGGGUUCUGGAUCCCGUGGAUGGGACUGCGACGUUUAUGAAGAACCAGCAGUAUGCGGUAUGUCUGUCGCUGGUGGAGAACGGGCAGCAGAAGAUGGGUGUUCUGGGCGGUCCGAACCUAAAUCUCGAAGACGGGCGGAUUCACGAAGAAGUCAUUGACCAUGAUGGAUAUGGCCACCAGGUCUUCGCUGUUGCGGGUGAGGGCGCAUGGAUCCGGAAGAUGAACACGGGUUCGCUCCUCCCUGCAACCAAGCUCGACCCCGUGGCACAGAUCACGGACCCGAGUGAGAUCCAGUUCGUCGAUUGCUCAGCGGCUACAUCGUCCAAUUUUGAACUUCACGCGCGCGUUGCGAAGAGACUAGGUGCCCCGUGGCCGCCGCGCGCUGACCUCUGGGCCGCGCAGCUGCGCUAUGUAGCAAUUGCCAUCGGCGGGUGUCACGUACUGAUGAAGGUCCCUCGCAAAACAUCCUACCGAUCAAAGAUCUGGGAUCAUUCUGGGGGGAUGUUGAUUGCGCAGGAACUUGGGGUUAUGGUUACGGAUCUUACGGGAAACCCGGUGGAUUGUAGUUUGGGGCGGACGCUGGCGGGGUGUUAUGGGAUGGUUGUUGCACCUGCUUCUAUUCAUGGACGGAUUGUUGAAGCUAUUCGGGAGACUAUGGAGGAAUCGGAUGAUGGCGAUGAGUAAACAUGGUAUUGGGUCGUCGUAUCCUUGGUUGGGAUGUGAAUAAAAGUAGAUGCGGAUAGACGUCAUCAUUGCAGUUGCAUCAUCGACUAGAGUACGAGGACAUUGAUAUAAAAGUUGAUAUUUUUGCAUCUCGAU